AUGUCUUUACAAAUAAUCGAUAACAACGAUUUUCAGCAUAUUUUAAGAAUUUUGAAUACGAAUGUUGAUGGUAAAGAAAAAGUAACCAUUGCCUUAACUGCUAUUAAAGGUAUUGGAAAGAGAAUGGCUAGCGUAAUAUGCAGGCAGGCAAAUGUUAACCCAACAAAAAGAGCAGGGGAAUUAACAGCAGAAGAAAUUAACAACAUUGUUCACAUUAUGAAUGCCCCCUCUCAAUUCAAAAUUCCAGACUGGUUUUUGAAUAGAAGGAAAGAUGUAAAAGACGGAAAGAAUUUACAUGUUAUAGCAAAUCAGCUAGAUUCCUAUUUACGUGAAGAUUUAGAAAGAAUGAAAAAAAUUAGAUUACACAGAGGUUUACGUCACCACUGGGGAUUAAGAGUGCGCGGUCAGCACACCAAAACAACGGGAAGAAGGGGAAGAACUGUUGGUGUAUCCAAAAAGAAAGGAGCGUAA